AUGUCUGUAGAUCCAAGUAAGACUCAAUGCCAGCCAAAUGAUAGUGUUAAGCAAGAUUGGAUUAGACAGCAAAAUGAAUUAAAGAAAUCGUUAAUAACCAACAACCAGGUGAGCUGGUUACCUGCUAAUAACAACGAUAACAACGUCUCUUUACAUGGAUUGCAUUAUAUUGGCGGAAUCGACCAAUCCUACUCUAAGUCAAAUCCUUUUUAUGCGUGUGCCUCCCUUGUUGUACUAAAAUUUCCUGAAAUGGAAUUGGUCUACUCCAAUUACUCUGGAAUUGUCCAUGUAAAUCAGCCAUAUAUACCUGGAUUUUUAGCCUUUCGUGAAUUUGAACAUCUAAGUUAUUGCAUAAAUAAAUUAAGACAGGAACAGCCUUCCCUAUUACCCCAAGUAAUACUGGUAGAUGGUAAUGGGAUUCUACAUCAUCAAGAAUUUGGAUCAGCAUGCCAUCUAGGAGUACUGGCGGAUAUUCCUACAAUUGGAGUAGCUAAAAAUUUAUUGGAAGUCCACGGGAUUGCUCGAGAUAGUAAACAUAUGGAUCAGAUUGCACAACUCAGUACUAAAGGUGAUUCAUUUCCGUUGACCAAUCGCUCGGGAGUUAUUUUAGGCAUGGCGUUAAGAAGUUCAGAGCAGUCAACUAGACCUAUUUAUGUAUCCGUUGGCCAUCGCUUAGAUCUUAAAACCGCGACGAAGAUAGUAUUAGCUUCCUGUAAAUACAGAUUGCCUGAGCCUAUUCGACAAGCUGAUCACCUAUCACGUGAAUACCUACGAAUAAAUUUAUCUGAAUUAGGAAAUCAAGAGAUAAAAUAA